AUGGUAUUUGGAAAGGCAUGUCAUUUGCCAGUCAAACAUAAACACAAGGCCAUAUGGGCGUUGAAGAAGCUAAAUAUGGGUUGGGAAGAGGCAGCCAAGCUUCGGUUGUUUCAACUUAAUGCGAUGGAUGAAUUCCAGUACCAAGCAUAUGAGAGUACAGGCUUGUACAAGGAGAGGAUGAAGCACUACCAUGAUAAAAAGAUCCUCAAGCGGGACUUCCAGAACGGUGAUGAUGUCCUGCUACACAACUCAGGAAUAAAGCUUUUACUGGGCAAACUAAAAUCUAAAUGGUCCAGGCCUUUCCAAGUGAUAAAUGUUUCACCCCAUAGUGCAAUUGAAUUAAAGUCCAGAGAUGGAACUUAUACCUUUAACGUGAAUGGCCAGAGGGUGAAGUAUUACCAUGGAUGCAUUGAUAGUGACAAGAUUGUUGAGAGCCACCAUUUGAAGCAUGGUUACACUCCUAAUCCUGAAUAG